CCCCUGUUUUAUUCCUACGUAAUGUGCCGUGCUGCUUAUGGCGGCGCUGGUGAUAGUGCUGUGAGCUGUUGGGUAUGAAGUGAAACAGAACAGAAACUACCACCUGAAACUGCUGCUUCAAGUUCAGAUCAGUCAAGGAACAUCUGCCACAAUCGUAACCGACAAGACCAAAGAAGAGAACUUGCGCUAAAGACACAACACUUGAUCUGAAACAAGAAGUUUGUGCCUACUCAACAGCUUCACAAGAGCACUUCCCAAUGCUGCUAUUAGUCUUUGUUUUAUUCUCAGCGCUGCACUUUGCAACCGCCAAGUGCAGCGGGUGUCGUCUUUCUUAGCUCGAUAGGUCAUUUUUCUCUCACUAUCUAUCAACACUAGUAACUUUCAACCUUCUGAAUCGUGUGCUGACCAAAAGCUCAAUAAAUACUACUGAAAGUGCAAUACUUGGAUUUCUCAGCAAGAUGAGCUUUGACCCAAACCUUCUCCACAACAAUGGCCAUAAUGGGUACCCAAAUGGUACUUCAGAUCUGCGUGAAACAGGCGUUAUAGAAAAACUGCUGACAUCCUAUGGCUUUAUUCAGUGUUCAGAACUUCAGGCAAGACUCUUCUUUCACUGUUCACAAUAUAAUGGAAACCUUCAAGAGCUCAAAGUGGGAGAUGAUGUGGAAUUUGAAGUGUCAUCUGACAGAAGAACUGGUAAACCAAUUGCAGUCAAGUUAGUAAAGAUAAAACCGGAAAUUAUGCCUGAAGAAAGAAUAAAUGGACAGGUUGUUUGUGCUGUGCCUCACAACUUGGAAAGCAAGUCUCCAGCUGCUCCUGGUCAGAGCCCAUCCGGAAGUGUAUGCUACUAGCGUAAUGGGGAGGUGUUUUAUCUAACUUACACACCUGAACACGUGGAUGGUAAUGUUCAACUUGAAACUGGAGAUAAAAUAAGUUUUAUAAUUGAAACUAAUAAACAUACCGGUGCUGUUAGUGCUCGUAACAUUAUGCUGAUGAUGAAGAGGAAGCAAAUGCGCUGCCAAGGAGUGGUUUGUGCUAUGAAGGAAGCUUUUGGAUUCAUUGAGAGGGGAGAUGUUGUCAAGGAAAUAUUCUUUCACUACAGCGAAUUUAAGGGGGACCUAGAAGCAUUGCAGCCUGGUGAUGAUGUGGAGUUUACCAUCAAGGACCGGAAUGGUAAGGAGGUGGCUACAGAUGUGAGACUUUUGCCACAGGGAACUGUUAUUUUUGAAGAUAUAAGCAUUGAACACUUUGAAGGAACAGUUACCAAAGUUAUACCAAAAGUACCCAACAAAAAUCAGAAUGAUCCUUUACCUGGACGUAUUAAAGUAGACUUUGUGAUACCUAAAGAGCUCCCAUUUGGGGACAAAGACACAAAGUCAAAGGUGACCCUUUUGGAAGGGGAUAGAGUAAGAUUCAACAUCUCCACUGACCGCCGUGACAAAUUAGAACGUGCAACAAAUAUAGAAGUUCUCCCCGAUACCUUUCAGUACACCGAUGAGUCAAGAGAAAUGGGUGUGAUUGCAGCAAUGAGGGAUGGGUUUGGUUUUAUAAAAUGUGUUGAUCGGGAUGCCCGAAUGUUCUUUCACUUCAGUGAAGUCUUGGAUGGAAACCAGCUCCACAUUUCUGAUGAAGUUGAGUUUACUGUUGUCCUUGAUGUUCUAUCUGCUCAGAGAAAUCAUGCCAUAAGAAUUAAAAAGCUCCCUAAGGGCACAGUCUCAUUUCAUACUCAGUCAGAUCAUCGUUUUGUUGGUAUUGUAGAAAAAGAAGCCAUCAGUACCAACACAAAAUCAAGCAGUCCCAACAAAGGCAAGGAAAAGGAGUGUGAAGAAGGUAUCAUCUCAUAUGAAUAUUGUGGAAUCCGACUGACAGUGUCUUACCAUCUUAAGGAUAUUGAAGGAUCAUCUGCUCCACAGCUUGGAGACAAAGUUGAGUUUAGCAUUUGCAAAGCCAAAAGAACUGGUCAACAGAGUGCAGUUUCAAUGAAAGUUCUUGGUCGUAACUCCAACUCAAAACGAUUUUUUGGUUUUGUGGCCACCCUGAAAGAUAAUUUUGGAUUAAUCGAAACGGCAAACCAUGAUAAAGAAAUAUUCUUUCAUUACAGUGAGUAUUCCGGUGAUGUGGAUAAACUUGAACUGGGAGACAUGGUUGAAUACUGCUUGUCAAAAUGAAAGGGCAACAAGGUCAGCGCUGAUAGAGUUUCAAAGGUACAUCAAGUUAAUGGAGAAAAUGACAACGUGGAUCCAAUGGUGUACUGGGGUAAAGUAAUCAGACCCCUGAGGAGCGUUGACCCUACACAGACUGAAUAUCAGGGCAUGAUUGAGCUUUUAGAAGAGGAUAAGCAGAACAUAACAGAGGAAACUCCUGAAGAAGCUGAGAAUGCAGAAAAUGCGACAAGCAUGGAGUCCAGUAAACCAGCUGACAUGAAAGGCAGUCUUAUCCCUUUUGGCAUUGUGGGGAUGUGCAAUAAAGCAGAUUGCUUACAGAAAGGAGAAACUGUCAAGUUUCAGAUGUGUGUUCUGGGUCAGAAUGGACAGACAAAGGCUUGUAACAUUGAGCCUCUUCGCAGGGGUACUGUGGAAUGUGUGAAAGAUCAGUUUGGUUUUAUAAACUAUGAAGUAGGUGACAGCAAAAAGCUUUUCUUCCACGUGAAGGAGAUCCAGGAUGGUAUUGCUCUACAGUCUGGGGAUGAAGUAGAAUUUUCAGUGAUUCUUAAUCAGCGUUCUGGGAAAUGCAGUGCCUGUAAUGUUAAGCUUUUGAGUAAAGGUACAGAAUUGGUAGCAGCCCCUCGUCCUGACAGAUUAGUAAGCCGGUUAAAGAGCAUAACCCUUGAUGAUGCCAGUGCUCCCCGUCUCAUGGUACUAUGUCAGCCAAAAGGUCCAGAUAACACAAAGGGAUUUGGUGUAGAAAGAAAGAUCCGUCAAACUGGAGCCAUCAACUAAGUUCCAUCUACAUAAGCACAUUACCUAAUAAAGUAUGAUCAAACUUGGGCAUGGUGAAGAUCAUCAACAUCUCUUCGCUGUCCAUAAAUUCUGAGAAUAUUAUACUGUUGUAACGGAUUAAUCAAUUUUAACACC